GUCAUCUCACGUCAGCAUGUACCAGAGAUUGUCUUGGGUCAGUUCCUAGCACGUGAUUUGGUCAAUCAUAAUAAUACAACAUCAAAUGAUUACGUACAGUGCGGGUGCAUAAAUUGUUCCAGUAAGCUUUUCUUGAGCACUGUACGCUAAUGCUUGUUUAAGCCCGGUCUUAAAUGAGCAGUGAACCAAUGAGAGUGAUUUAUGCCGUCGAGUGAUUCAGCAGUGAUAGUGAGAGACAUGACUACGUGAGGCAAAAUCUUGCCCAGGUCUUCCGACCUACGUUGAACCAAAAGACUGCGCGAGAGUCUGAGUAAUUUCUCCUGCAUCUCUCCCGAGUCAUUGAAAACCUUCCAAGUUACCGUCGGUGAUAGGUGCUCUGCACCGUAUUCGACAAGAAAUCAUGCAUCCUGAUCUAGAACGGGAACUCACGCACACUCUGCUCAUAGAAUUGCUCGCGAUUGAUACGCAAAAUGCCAUUCUAGGCCAACUGGGCGCUGAACGCGUCGUGGAGGUUGGGCCAUCCAAUGUACUCACCAAUAUGAUGAAGAGAACGUGGAGCGCGGGCUUCAAAGAGCAUGAUGAAUCGCAAGGCAUCCAGAGACGCAUUCUUGGACCUCAGAAUGACCAGGAUGAGAUCUAUUACCGCGAGCUUCCAGAGCAAACCAAUAGCGAACAGCCAUCGCCGGUCGAUGCUCAGCCCAUCCCACCAACUGAACUCGCGAAACCACAAGCAAUGCCAGCACCGAUCCCAGCAACUACCGCAAAUUCAACUCAGCCGCUAGAAUCUGUGAAAGAUGUUGAAACGCCCACAUCAAACAUAGUCCUUACUAUACUCGCGGGAAAAUUGAAGAAGGAUUUCCAAGAUAUACCAUUAACCGCUUCGAUCAGCAGUCUUGCGGCAGGUCGCUCAACACUUACCAAUGAGAUUGUGGGAGACUUGAAUGCCGAGUUCGCGGGCAAGAUACCUGAACGACCAGAAGAUUUACCCCUAGAGGAACUCUUUCGUAUACUCAGUCUCAAUCAUACCGGAAGACUUGGUAAACAGACCGAGUCAAUGGUGAGCAGACUUAUCUCUGCUAAAUUUCCGCCUGAAUUUGCCCAGUCCACCAUUCGUCAGACUCUGGAAAAUCAGUGGGGUCUAGGUGCUAUGCGGCAAGAUGCCGUCUUACUUUCAAUGUUGGCCGAUCCACCAAGUGCACGCCUCUCAGCUGUAGAGGCACGCCAGCGCAUUACUGUAUGGGUUUCCAACUAUUUCCAACAAGAAGGAAUAACUAUGUCAGCGGCCGAGCCCACAAAUGACCAAACAGUCGUGGUUGAUUCGGAAGCAAUGCGGAAGAUGGCCGAAAAAUCAUCGACUCUUGUGAAAGAUAUUCGGGAAGUGCUGAAUUUUCACGUUCAAGAUUCAUCGCCCGCAAGCGGUGAGCCGAAUCUCCGAAAUGAAGCAGCCAAAGAAGCCAUCGAUGAACUGGAUGUCUGGAGAUCCGAGCAUGGUGAGGUUUAUGGUGAAGGCAUCCUGGCCAAAUUCGAUGUCAAGAAAGAGCGCACGUAUGACUCUUACUGGAACUGGAACACGCAAGACAUUGUACGUCUAAAGCAACUUCUGGGUGCUCUAGAUAUAGAAACCCAGUCGACCCUGAUCGAAGACCUUUCAUUCCGCGUCAUCAACAGAGCUUGUGACCGAUCCAUCUCGCAGAUCGAGUAUCUGAUAUCAAGAAUCGAUACCGGGUCAAAAGAUCAAGCGAUACUACACAAAUCACUACAGUUUAUUCAUCAAGCUUGCCUCAUCUCGAAAGGCCGCGAUCCCGUAUUCAUUGAUAGAUCGAAAUGCAUGGCACCCCUAACCAUGGUUGAUAACGUUGGCAAGAUUCAUUUCCGGGAAAUACCGCGAGUCAUCGAAAAGUCCAAAGUCAGCAAGCUACUGUCGAUGCCCUACACUGUAAGGGAGUUCAGCAAUGGAGUUGCGAAUUUCUCAGAGAAACUCAGUCUCAUUCUCGCCUCUGACCUCCAGUCAGUUAAACGAUCAGGCAUAUCUUUCGCUGGAAAGAACGUGCUACUUAACGGAGCCGGAAAAAGAUCGAUAGGGUUCAACAUAUUGCGCUUUCUACUAGAAGGUGGAGCCCGAAUAACAUUGACAACAAGCAGCUAUUCUGCUGAAACCACACACAUGUACCAGGAUGUUUACAGAAGAUAUGGAUCACGGGAUUCAGUUCUUCGGGUACUCCCCUUCAACCAAGGAAGUCAUAGGGACGUCAAGAAUCUAGUCCAGUAUCUAGAGUCCGAUCCAGCUUGGGAUCUCGAUUACAUUGUACCAUUCGCAGCCAUCUCGGAAAAUGGUCGUAGUGCUGAAGAUAUUGACUCCAAAUCGGAGCUCGCCCACCGCCUCAUGCUUACCAACCUAGUCCGACUGCUAGGAGCUAUCGCUAAGAGUAAGAAGAAGAGAAACAUCAGAACCCGCCCGGCUACUGUAAUGCUCCCAUUGUCUCCAAAUCAUGGUCUGAUGGGAGGGGAUGGGCUAUAUUCAGAAUCCAAGAGAUCACUCGAAAUCCUCAUGGCCAAGUGGUAUUCCGAAGAUUGGGCGGAGUACCUGAGCCUUUUUGGCGUGGUCAUUGGCUGGACAAGAGGCACCGGGCUCAUGGAUGACAACGAUGUGGUUGCGCAGGCGGUAGAAGCGUUAGGUGUCCGGACAUUUGCUACCGACGAAAUGGCAACGACUAUCGUGUGUUUGAUGGGUGGUCGUCUCAAUGCAGAAUGCCAAUCCGCCCCAUUAUUUGUGGACCUAGGCGGUGGUCUCGAUUCGGUCAAAAACUUCAAAGAGCGGCUUGCCGCUAUCCGCGGGGACUUGACUGCAUAUUCUCGUACAACAAAAGCUAUCCACGAUGAGAUGGAAUUGGAAACUUCAUUCUUUCCUAAGCCUGAAACAGAGAUCAAGAUUACGAAGCUGGAUAAGACUAUAGAUGCGAAAAGCAACAUGCGCAAUCUUUUCCCGGUCCUACCCGAUUACGAAAAUGAACUUGCUCCUUUGUCGAUAGAUUUAGAGGACAUGAUUGAUCUGAGUCGCACCGUCGUCGUUACCGGUUUCGCUGAGCUCGGCCCUCAUGGUAACAGUCGUACCCGAUGGGAAAUGGAAGUGGAAGGCUCACUCUCUCUGGAAGGCUGCAUUGAGAUGGCUUGGAUAAUGGGCCUGAUAAAACAUCGAGCAGCUACGCCGAUGGAUGAUGACAGUGUGGCUGGCUGGGUCGACGCUACCACGCAGACCCCGGUUAAAGACAGCGACAUUCCCAACCAGUACAUGUCCCGGAUUCUGGAGCAUAGCGGUAUCCGCAAGAUUGAACCCGAAAUUUGCGACAACGGCUAUGAUCCCGAGUUAAAAGAAUCAUUGCAAGAGUUGGUUCUCAAGCGUGACCUACCACCUUUCGAAGCUUCGGCAGAGUCGGCAGAAAACUUGGUACGGAAACAUGGCGACAAGGCAGUGGUGUCCACUGAUGACACUGGAACGUACCAUGUGCAAUUGAAGGCUGGCGCCACUAUCAUGGUUCCACGGACAUCGCGUUUCAAUCGAACAGUCGCGGGUCAGAUUCCGACUGGCUGGUCGCCAAAGAGGUACGGCAUAUCUGAUGAUAUUAUCCACCAAGUAGAUCCGGUCACGUUGUUUUCCCUAGUCUGCACCGUUGAAGCAUUUCUAUCAUCCGGAAUCUUGGAUCCUUAUGAGCUGUACCAACACAUACAUGUCUCAGAGGUUGGGAAUUGCAUUGGCUCAAGUAUGGGUGGGCUUUCCUCGCUUAGAAGGAUGCAUCGAGAUAGGUUUCUGGAUAAACAAGUUCAGAGCGACGUACUUCAGGAAACCUUUGUCAACACCACGGGCGCUUGGAUUAAUAUGCUUUUAACCUCUUCAUCUGGUCCAAUUAGGACACCAGUCGGCGCAUGUGCAACCUCACUGGAAUCCCUUGACGCCGCGUAUGAUCUGAUUGUUGCACAGAAAGCUAAAAUGUGUAUAGUUGGUGGUGUGGAAGAUUUUGUCGAAGAUGUUUCAUAUGAGUUUGGGAGUAUGAAAGCCACCUGCGAUACUGAUGCCGAGUUUGCUGCUGGAAGGAGCGCGCCAGAGAUGUCAAGGCCGAUGGCAUCUAGUAGGAGCGGAUUUGUCGAAUCCCAAGGAUGUGGCGUCCAGAUUGUCACCUCAGCAGAGUUGGCUAUAAAGAUGGGCUUACCAAUUUACGGCGUCGUUGCACAUACAAGUAUGUCGGCUGAUAAGGCAAGCCGUUCUGUACCAGCACCGGGCAAGGGCGUGUUGACGAAUGCACGCGAACAACACAACACUGUUAAAGAACUCCCCCGACCUCUGUUAGAUCGCAAGCUAGAUCUCAAGCAUCGGCGGAAGCAGCUCGAACAUCGAAGAAACCAGAUAGCAUCCUGGCGAGAUGAGAGCAUUGCAUUCAUGGAAACAGAGAUUGAUAUGUUCGUACAUCUCACUGAAGAGGAGCGCAUUCAAUACCGCCGUCAAAAUACCACCGAUAUAGAAACAGAAGCACAAAAACAGCUGACAGAUGCUACAUUCAACAUCAAUCACCAACUCUGGCAGAAAGACGAAGCGCGACGGAUAUCUCCCAUUCGCGGCUCUCUGGCAACAUGGGGUUUAAGUAUCGAUGACAUUUCUGUUGCGUCACUUCAUGGAACAUCUACAGUUCUCAAUGACUUAAAUGAAACACUCGUUAUCGAACAGCAGAUGAAGCAUCUUGGUCGGAAAGAAGGAAACCUCUUACCUUGCGUCAGUCAGAAAUGGCUGACAGGACAUUCCAAGGGUGCGGCAGGAGCAUGGAUGCUGAACGGUUGCCUGCAGAUGAUGGAUUCUGGCCUCAUCGCUGGAAACAGGAAUGCAGACAACAUAGACACGAAAUUACGGGAACGAGGUUAUUUGUACUUCCCCAAUGUCACCUUGCAGCCCGGCUCGGAUGGUGGUAUCAAGGCAUGCUCAAUCACCUCGUUCGGUUUUGGUCAAAAGGGCUGCCAGGCGCUCAUGGUUCACCCCCGUUACCUGCUCGCCUCAAUCUCGAAAUAUGCUUUCGAAGAUUAUGCAAGGAAGAGACAGAGAAGAUGGCAGCUGGCCUGCUCUUCGUUUUCGGACGCAAUGGUUCAUGAAGACAUGGUUUCAAGGUGCAUCAAAGAUCAGGCACCAUAUGAGUCGAAUGAGGAGAUUACUGCGUUACUUGAUCCUCUAAUGAGGUUCAAAGGUCCGUGAUUGAGAUUCAAUGCGGGCAAUUUGUUUUUCGUUUUUAGAUUUCCUUUCUGCCUUUCCACAGAAGAACUUCAAAUUCGCUUGUCAUAUUUCUCAAUAUCUUGUGGUGGGAAAUCGGUUCAAUACUGUAUGUUGUCAGCUAGUUAAACACUCGUUUUAUUGGAUAGAUAGUCAUGUGCCCGCCAUUGUAC